UGGCUUCAAGUAUAUGGGUGGAUAUAACAAUCUCCCUAUGACAUGGCAUAUACGCAUACUCCGUAUUAGAGAAAGAAACACAAGUUUAACACAAGUCAUAACCGACAACUAUCUUUACUCGUAGUAAACUACGUCAACAACCAAAGGUAAAUUUCAAUUCGCCCAAUCCCCCACUCUUUUAACAGUACCGUCGGUCGCUUGUUCACCGGCAGAUUUCUCCCUCACCGCCAAAACACAAAAUCCACAUCCACCCAAAAUCAAAACAAAACUUUUUUUUUUUCUUUCAUUCAUUAAACCCCCCCCCCCCCAAAAAAAAAAAAAAAAAAAAAACCUUUUCCUCAUCAUUCUCUAACAUUUCUGCUCUUUUCUGCAACACAUGACCUGAGUAAACUCUCUCUCUCUUUCUACCUGAAAAAUUCACACUUUCUUUCUCCUCCAAUCUCCAUGGGAAGACCUCGAGGUUCCAAACGCACCCUUGACUCUUUUACCCUUAAACCCCUCAACAAACCCAUAAAACCCGGAGACUGCGUGCUGAUGAGGCCGGCAGAACCUUCCAGCCCGUCCUACGUGGCGCGCGUUGAGAGGAUUGAGUCCGACACUCGGGGGACAAACGCACGUGUUCACGUGCGCUGGUAUUACCGGCCGGAAGAAUCGAUCGGUGGUCGUAGACAGUUUCAUGGGUCAAAGGAGUUGUUCUUGUCGGAUCAUUUUGAUGUUCAAAGCGCUGAUACUAUUGAGGGGAAAUGUAUGGUUCAUAGUUUUAAGAAUUAUACUAAGCUUGAUGCUGUUGGAAACGACGAUUACUUCUGUCGUUUUGAGUAUAACUCUGCUACUGGCGCUUUCACCCCUGAUCGUGUUGCCGUGUACUGCAAGUGUGAGAUGCCAUACAAUCCGGAUGAUUUGAUGGUCCAGUGUGAGGCAUGCAGUGAUUGGUUUCACCCUGCUUGUAUAGAAAUGACGGCAGAAGAAGCUAAAAGACUUGAUAAUUUCUAUUGCCAAAAUUGUUCCUCUGAUGACCCAAAGAAGUUGCAGAAUUCACAUGCUGCUUCUAGACAUUCUGAUACAAAGGUGGACACUAAACGCCGUAGAAGGUGAUGUAUAUUGGUGGGACUGGAGAGUAAUACCAUGAAGUAGGUGUAUAUUGAGAGACUUGGUUGUUUUCUUCUGAUGGACGUUUGGUAGCCUUCAAGCAAAUAGAGGAUUGCAGCUUCAAAGUAAAAACCAGUGUUAUUACGACUUUAAUGAGUAGUUUCUCAUGUUUUUCUUGAAGGUCAAGGAUGUCAACCCUGUAACACCAGAAGUUACUUAGUAUGGUUAUCGUGUUUAGAAGUCUUGUUUUAGGUUGCCCUAUGUUAUAUAAAGAGGAUUGUGUAGGAAGGGGAUUUGAUGUAGUAUUUAGAGCUGAUAGAAUGCACAUAUAUAUAUAUAUAUAUAUAUGUAUGUUGGUUGUUGCUAUUUGUUUGAACUUCGACGCAACAAAGAGGAGGAUUCCCUAUCAAUAAUGAAAUGAGGUGAUACAAUGAACUUGUCCGUAGAAA